CCCAAGACCUCACGCGCCCCACACCCGGCCCGCUAGGCCGCCCGGCCGCCUACCGCGUCCCUCGCUCGCUCUCCCGCUCCUCCUGUUCUCUCCGCUUGCCAGCCGCCGGGCGGACGGCGGAGACCCCGCCGGGACCGAGGCUUCUGCCUGGCGGACGGCCAGACCCCGGCCGCGGCCUCCUCGCCAUGUCCUCGACCAGCGACGCCAGCAGUCACUUCCCCCUGCACCUCCUGGUCUGGAACAACGACUACCGGCAGCUGGAGAAGGAGCUGCGGGGCCAGAAUGUGGAGGCUCUGGAUCCACGAGGUCGAACAUUAUUACACCUUGCAGUUUCUUUGGGCCAUUUGGAAUCUGCUCGAGUCUUGCUCCGGCAUAAAGCAGAUGUGACCAAAGAAAAUGGCCAAGGAUGGACAGUUUUACAUGAGGCGGUGAGCACUGGUGACCCUGAGAUGGUGUAUACAGUUCUUCAGCAUCGAGACUACCACAACACGUCCAUGGCCCUUGAGGGAGUUCCUGAACUGCUACAUAAAAUUCUCGAGGCUCCGGAUUUCUAUGUGCAGAUGAAAUGGGAAUUCACCAGCUGGGUGCCCUUGGUUUCCAGAAUAUGCCCUAAUGAUGUCUGUCGAAUUUGGAAAAGUGGUGCCAAACUGCGUGUUGAUAUCACAUUGCUGGGAUUUGAAAACAUGAGCUGGAUAAGAGGGAGGCGUAGUUUUAUAUUUAAGGGAGAAGACAAUUGGGCAGAGUUGAUGGAAGUCAACCACGAUGACAAAGUGGUCACCUCCGAACAUUUUGAUCUUUCCCAAGAAAUGGAGCGCCUCACUCUGGACUUGAUGAAGCCUAAAAGCAGGGAAGUUGAGAGGCGGCUCACAAGCCCAGUCAUUAACACCAGCCUCGAUACUAAAAACAUUGCUUUUGAAAGAACUAAAUCCGGAUUCUGGGGCUGGAGGACAGAUAAAGCAGAAGUUGUUAAUGGUUACGAAGCAAAGGUCUACACAGUAAACAAUGUGAAUGUGAUAACCAAAAUACGCACAGAACAUCUGACUGAGGAGGAAAAGAAGAGGUACAAAGCGGACAGGAAUCCACUGGAAUCUCUGCUGGGAACUGUGGAACACCAGUUUGGUGCUCAAGGGCAGGACCUCACCACAGAGUGUGCCACUGCAAACAACCCCACGGCCAUCACGCCUGAAGAGUACUUCAGUGAAGAGUUUGAUCUGAAAGACAGGGAUAUUGGAAGGCCAAAAGAGCUGACAAUUAGAACACAAAAGUUUAAAGCAAUGCUGUGGAUGUGCGAAGAGUUUCCCCUCUCCCUGGUGGAGCAGGUCAUUCCUAUCAUUGACCUUAUGGCUCGAACUAGUGCUCAUUUUGCAAGACUGAGAGAUUUCAUCAAGCUGGAAUUCCCACCUGGAUUUCCUGUUAAAAUAGAAAUUCCCUUGUUUCACGUCUUAAAUGCACGGAUUACUUUUGGAAAUGUUAAUGGCUGCAGCACUGCUGAAGAAACGCAAAAUGAAGGGACCCAGGCUGAUUCAGCUUCCCAGGUCACCAAUUUUGAGGUUGAUCAGUCUGUGUUUGAAAUUCCCGAAUCUUAUCACAUUCAAGACAAUGGCAGAAAUGUGCAUUUGCAGGAUGAAGAUUAUGAGAUAAUGCAGUUUGCCAUCCAGCAGAGCCUCUUGGAGUCCAGCAGGAGCCCGGAACUUUCUGGACCAGCUUCGAAUGGAGGAAUCAGCCCAACACAGAGCUAUGAGGCCCAGUACGAGAGAGCUAUCCAGGAGAGCCUCCUCACCAGCACAGAAGGCCUGUGCGCAGAUGCCCUGAGAGACACGAGCCGGUUCGACAGCGACUUGCAGCUGGCCAUGGAGCUCUCUGCCAAAGAGCUGGAGGAGCAGGAGCUCCGUCUCCAGGAGGAGGAGGCUGAGCUCCAGCAAGUCUUACAACUGUCACUCACUGAGAAGUAGAACUUGCUGCCCGCGGGCUGCACAAAGCAGAGGCUCUGGGCUGCACAUUAGUGCUGUGUCAACUGAGGCCUCAGGGCUGAGGACCUACACUUCUGCAGAUGACAGCUGCCCCUUCUUUACACAGAAGUGCAGGACCAGGGACUACCAGGCCCAUCCAGGACAUUCCCCAGAGUGGAGAAGAGUGGGGGAUUGGCAGGCCCCAUCUCCAGGCUAAGGGGAGAAGAACAUUGUCACUUUCCAUUAGUUGUAUGGCUUGCAGGUCACAUUUUUACUACCAGCUUUAGACAAAAACCCAAUCCCUGCAGGUCUAUAGAUACAUUUUUAUCAAGGAGUGAUAACAAAACAAGUUAUUGCAGAGUCAGGGUGCUUUUAUAUACGAGAGCAGCAGCAGCAGCAGCAGCCUCUGUAGAGUGGUUUAUGAGAAUCUGAGACCUUCUUUACUGUUCACCAAAGAAAUGGGUUGUGCGGAUCUAUUCUUUAUUUUUACCUUUAUAUAUAGGGUUUUUAGAACAUUGUCAUUAUUCCUCCUCCAUCUCCACCUUAUUCCAUUCCUUCCACCCCCAGCUAAAGUUAAAGAGGAGAUAUGUACAGGAUCUAUUUUAGAUUAUGGUUAACUAUUUGCAUCAAAUUAAGAUAUACAGAUGACCACGGAUGUUGCCUUAGCCUUAAAAAUCACUAAUAGUUUGAAACCACCUCACUCCAUGUAUUGAGGGAUCUGAUUUGAAUUUGUAAAGGCAGCUCCUUUGGGAGCAGGAUCCUCCAGGCUAAAUCAAAGGCAGCUAAUCCUGUCCCUGAAGGAGCUGCUAGAGGAAGCCAUGGCUCGUUCUUGAACUGGGGGAGCUGGCCACAGUAUCAGAACAGCAGAGAACUAAACCAGGGUGACUUCUGCACCUCGUCUGGUAAGAAUUUCCAGAAAGACACUUAGGAAAAACGGGCCACAUGUCACCCAAAGGAUAGGGAUGGAUUUGAAAUUAGAAAGGGAGUUAAUGUAGAGCUCAAAUGGUUCUUCACUCAAAAGGGAAAAAGGGAUUCCAUGUUGCUUUUUAGAGUUCAAAUCAACAUCUUUCUGGAUGAAUAUAUUUUUUAACAGAAUCUUUUUAUUAUUUUUAAAAGAUAUAAAAAAAAUGACUACUCCCAUCAGUAGCAAUACAAGGUUAUACAUUUUAACCAGAUUUUCUCAGGCCUUUUUUGGAUACUUUUAGUAGUUAACUAUUUUGUCUAACCCUCCUGUAAAUACCCAUCGCAUAACAGACAGACCCCUGGGGAAUACAGCUGAGGGCACCUCUCCCUCUGGCCCAUGUAUUUAUUCCCACAGGCUGCACUGAAAUAACCUGGUAAACAAUAUCCUCCUCUGUUCCACAUCUAUUUCCUGUUGCGCUUCUUUCAGGAUAGGAAGAGAAACAUACUACCGUUCCAGUUAAUGUCUGUAUCCUACAGUUAGUGUUGCCAGUAGAAGAUUUCUACACACAAAGAAUUGUGCUUUUAAUUCCAUAUUGCCAUCUGCCUUUUUGUCACGGUCUGACCAAAAUUCCUUCUCUGCACAGGAGGCCAGUACAGGCAACAUCACUUUUGUUUCAUAUGCAGCUUGGCGUUUUGUUUACUUGGCAUUUACUGUGAGCGAAGACACUUUUGGGGAAUGGCUCUAGUUAGGCCACGUCAUUUACUCACUAAGGUGAAUCAUAGGCAAUUUCUGUGUUUGCAUUCCAUUGCUCUGCUUCCCAAAGUCUUUUGACUUUCUCCCUAGGAAGUCACUUAAAAAGGGACUGAGCAACAUGUCAACCUGUCAAAGCGUUUUUCCUAUGUGUUCUCUUAAAAUGCAAAUAAAGACUGCUUCUGUAGAGGGUGCUCAUCCAGUAUCCUAUUCA